AUGGUUCAAUCCGACCGACCGCCAGCCAACGGCUUUGUGGCACGAGCCCGCAAGGUCUAUAACCCCAUUGGCUUUUCCAAGGGCUACAACUUUGUCCUGUGGUUCAUCUUUCUCGGAGCCCUCUUGGGCUUCACCCUCGCCCGCCUCCAGUACCUCGACAUCUGGGGCGUCUUUUGUGGCGACCAGGGCUCCUCCGGUGCCCUUCCGGGCGAGUGUUUCUACUACACCCGGCCCGGACCCGAUCAGAUUGGCAUCAUCCUCCACCUGGGCUGUAUUCUGCCAGCCUCGUUGCUGGCGUGCGUACAGUUCAUCCCCGUAAUAAGGCACAAGGCCAUCAUUGUACACCGGAUCAACGGCUGGCUUGUCCUCCUACUGAGCGUGAUCGCCACUGUUGGCGCCUUCUUGAUGGCCCGUAACAGCGUCGGAGGUGGCAUUGAUGUCCAGAUGGGUAUUGGCGUGAUUGGUAUCAUGUUUGUGGCAUCUUUGAUUUUGGCCGUUGUCAAUGUGAAGCGUCUUCAGAUUGAACAACACCGUGCUUGGAUGCUGAGGGCUUGGUUUUACGCUGGAACCAUUAUCACCAUGCGCAUCAUCCUCAUCCUCUCUGCCAUGAUAAUUUCCAGCAUAGGCGGCUAUUAUCACACUCAGCCCUGCGAUAAGCUUGAGUAUAUGCUUGGGAGUGCCAAUGCCACGAGGAGCCUGUAUCCAGAGUGCGCCAGCUAUUUCUCUGGCGCAAACCCAGCUCAACAAGCAGUCGUGGCCGCCAAUUUCAAUGGCAACGUUGCAGAGAUUGGAUCCAGUUUUAACGCAACCUUUGGGCCAGCUUUCUGGUUGGCGUUUGCCCUACACGCCGUGGGAAUAGAGAUUUAUCUACACCUUACACCGGCAGAAGCCGAGCGCCUCAGGAACGUAUCUUACCAACGCCAGGUCGAGGCUGGGAUGAGGUAUCCAGGCCGAGCUGGUCUCACCGCCGAUCGAUUGGGCGAUGCCGAGACCUGGAAGCCAAAGAAAGAUGGAAAAGAGACAGACCUGUCUGCUGAUUCGGAGUCUCAGCUCCAGGCUCCUUCCCGAUAA